GGCUAAACCUGCGCCAAAGGCUAAACCUGCGCCGGAGGCUAAAUCUGCGCCAAGGGCUAAACCUGCACCAGAGGCUAAACCU